CCCGAAUCAUGGCCAUGGUAUUCCGUUGCGACGGUACAAUACGUUAGUCUAAGCAAGGGCGUAUCGUUUUUGAAUCAUUCUUGUAGUUCUUCGUUUUAAUGUUCGUAUUUCGGCACGUUGUUGUGAUGCAUUAGUUGCACUUUUACUGAUGCAAUGUUCAGCAUGUUGUAUGACUUUCUAGUCGUCUUCAUACUCUUUGUUGCCGCGUCUGCUCCUUUAUGCUGGGUGCGGGCCCUCCCAGGCACUGCUUGCAGAAGCGAGGCGCUGUUUAUUGGAUGAUUCGCAGAAGGGCGUGCGACAAGACUGGGGGUACGACGGAUUUGGACCCGGUAUGUUCUGCAGUGCUGCAUUCCGGAGGACGACGCGGAGGAUAUCUUGAGAAUUUGCAGAGAGGAGGCCCAGCUUUGGUGGAGCUCCGCGGCUCCUUGCGGGAAGAUCGCGGAGGGACUCAAAGCUCGCUUCUAUAUCGACGACGGGGACCCCGACAGAAGGCGUGAGGUGGAGGCCGAAGCGGAGUCCGAUAGUAUCAACACCGAGGCUUCUGUGUUUUCUGCUGGCACAGGGCCCGAGAUAUCGAAACGAACUGCGAUGGCAGCCGACGGAAAUCAAUAUAUUCUGGCUUGCAAUGUGCUGCCUGUUUUGUCGUACCGGCACGCUCGGAUGUGUGUCCUUACUCACGACCAGGAUCCGCGCAGGCAGUUGAUCAGGUGCAUUGAGCACAGGAUGCGUCGAGCUGGCCUCACGCGCUACAUGGUGACUCCAGGAGGCCGGAGCACCAUCGACAUUUGCCACCACCUGGUGAGCAAGCGCUCCGCCCUCCUCUGGCUGAUGCGGCACCUGGGCCUUGAGGGCGUGGACCAGCUCGGGGAACCUAUGGGGGUGAACACCGUCUACUUCGGGGACGAGGUGGUCAUGCACGGCAACGACCUCCCAGUUGCAGAGAUCCCUGGUAUACAGGUCUUCGCCGUCAACGAUAUGGUUUCCAAAGUACCUUUUCGCACUAAUAUAGAAUUACCAACCGCUUUUUCUAAUUUCACUGGCCCCGAGGGCACUCAGGCAGUGCUCGAACAUAUAGCUGACUAUGCCGAGGGCUGCUUUGAGACUGGUGAAGCGGAGCCAUGGCCUGGGGAAUCGGCCAUCCUGUGUUGGAAGAAGAGUCGCCUGCAAAGCCGCUUGCAGCAGAGGUGCCAGAUGCUAUCGAGCAGCUCCAAGGAGGUGGGCGGCAACACCAGGAAGAUCCUCGCCGACCGCGGCGUGUGAAUCGACGAGGUAUCGGCGCAUCUAGUUCUGGCGAAGAGGGAUCGCGUCAAGGUCAGCAGUUGCGACGGCAGCACGCAAGCCAAACUCGCCAUCUACAUCCAGCCGGGCGCCUGAACGGACGCGGGGGCGGAGGAGGAACCGACGGCGGAGAAGUUGCAUCAAGCAGGCAUCAAGGGCACCAGUCACCCCGCGAGGCAGCAAAUCGGAGCCAUCGUGAACGAGGGGAAGGCUUCAUUUGGAGUCGUAGGGGAUGAGCUGGUGGCUUGGCUGGCGAAAUUAUGACGAUAUGGUUUCUCGGCUACGCUUCGAUUUGCUGGUGAGGACGGGCCCGCGGUGGCCGCGCGUCCUUGUGGAAUUGCGGCCCGAUUGGGCGACGUUGGGCUCCCAUCAAUGUCGCGCUGACUGACGUCCCCCCCGGGGCUGCC